AUGAGUCCACUAACCAAGAGGAAGCAGAACGAUGGCCACCCGAUCCACAUCACCAAUGUUAUGCCUGGCGCCGAAGGUGCGCCUCCUCCCAAGAAGCUAAAAAUUGCGGAGCACCGGGACAUAGCCAUUGUAACCAUGUACUCUGUUCUGCCUGGAACCAGGGGUCCUGAAUCCCAAAUCGAGCACUGGGCCGCCCAAUUUGGUAGCAAUCUGCACUGA